UAAAUAGUAGGCUCGAGGCUGGGGAGUAGCAUCAGCAAGAAGAAAGGCAGAUGAGAUGAAGGCAAAGUGUCACUGACUUUUGCCUCUGUCCCUGGAGAGGAGAUUGCUGAUAUAGAGUCCCUCUGGCCUUCCCAAGACUGUCUGGCAUGAAGAUAUAACUCCAAGUUUCUCAUUCCAAUUAUGGAUCUGAUCAACUCUAAUGAUUACCUGCUCAAUGUCUCUACUUUAAUAAGAAACAGCAUUCACAUUCCAACACCUGCCUCAAAAGUGAUUGUUGCACUUCUUUUGUUCACGUCAUUUAUAAUUGGCACUAUCACCAACGGUUUCUACCUAUGGGUGCUAAAAUUCAAAAUGAAAAAGACUGUUAAUACUCUCUUAUAUUUUCAUCUCAUUCUCUCUUAUUUUAUUUCAACAUUAUUUUUGCCAUUUCUGGCCAUCUCCUACCUUCAGGAAAAUCACUGGAGCUUUGGAAUGGCCACAUGCAAGGUCUUCAAUAGCAUUUUGUCUGCAGGGAUGUUUGCCUCUGUUUUCUUCCUCUCAGCUAUCAGCAUUGAUCGUUAUCUUCUCGCUCUUCACCCGGUGUGGUCACAGCUGCAUCGAACCCCACGCUGGGUUUCCGGCAUCAUCUUGGGAGUCUGGAUAUUUGCCACUGCCCUCAGCAUGCCCUAUGUGGUUUUCAGGGAGGUACAUGAUGACCAUAAAGGAAGAGUGACCUGCCAGAAUAACUAUGCUGUGUCUACUAACUGGGAAGGCAAAAAGAUGCAAACAUUAAGAAAAUGGAUUCAUGUAGCCUGUUUCAGCAGCCGCUUCUUGCUGGGCUUCCUUCUGCCUUUCCUCAUCAUCACCUUUUGUUAUGAAAGAGUAGCCAAAAAGAUGAAAGAGAGGAGCCUCUUCAAAUCCAACAAGCCCUUCAAAGUCAUGAUGACUGCCGUUAUCUCUUUCUUUGUGUGUUGGAUGCCCUACCAUGUAUACCAAGGUUUAAUUCUCACUAAGAACAGAUCACUACUUUUCCAGUUGACUCUGAUACUCACAGUGAUAACUACUUCUUUCAAUACUGUCUUUUCUCCCACACUCUACCUAUUUACUGGGGAGAACUUCAGAAAGGUUUUCAAGAAGUCUGUUCUUGCUCUUUUUGAGUCAACAUUCAAUGAAGAUUCUUCGGGAGAAAGGACACAAAACCUAAAUUCAGAAGCCGAUAUUUAAAUUCUGGAUCCCAGAGAAAAGAAUGGAUUCUUAGUCAAUGAUAUCACCAGAGACAGACCCUCAACUCUUGUAUAAUAUAGUCCCUAUAUUAGAGAGACACCUGGGCUGUAUUAUAGUUAGAUCUAUGAAUAUUAUAAGGGCUGUAAAAUGUGAUGGGUGAUGUUGCAAAUGUGAUUUUUUUUUUUUACUUUCGUUGUGGUAAAAUAUAUAUAACAUAUAACACCAUUUUUCAUUGUACAUUUUAGUGGUAUGACCUAAAUUCACAAUAUUUUGCAACCAUCACCACUAUCCAUUUCCAAAAUUUUUUAUCACCCAAAAGAGAAACUCUACGCAUUAAGCAAUAACUCCUCUUUCACGCCCCUACCCCCCGCCCUUUCCCCUAGCUCCUCAUAUCCUCCAAUCUGCUUUCUAUCUCUAUGAAUUUGCUAUUCAAGAUAUUCCACAUAAGUGGAAUCAUACAAUAUUUCUCCUUUUGUGUCUGGCUUAUUUAACGUAGCAUAAUGUUUUCAAGGUCCAUCCAUGUUGUAACAUGUAUCAGAACUUCAUUCUUUUUAUGGCUAAAUAAUAUUCUGUUAUAUGUAUAUACCACAUUUUGUUUAUCCAUUCUUCUGUUGAGAGACAUCUGAGCUGUUUCCACCUUUUGGCUAUUGUGAAUAAUGCUACCAUGAACACUGGUGUACAAGUGUCUGUUUGAGUCUUUAUUUUCAAUUAUUUUGAAUUGCUGGGUCACGUGGCAAUUCUAUGUUUAAGUUUUUGAGGAAUUGCCACUUUUUUCCACAACAGCUGUACCAUGUUGCAUUCUCAUCAGCAAUGUACAAAAGUUCUAGUUUCUCCAUACCCUCACCAACACCUAUUAUUUUCCUUUUUUUCAAUUAUAGCCAUCCUAGUUGGUGUGAACUGAUGCAAAUGUGAUUCUUAACCUUUGAUUUUUGAGGCUAUAGGAAUAUCAUUUUCUGAAUACCAAUAGAACCCAUCAAUCUGAAUUUUCUGUCAUGGAAUUUUCUACCAAAUAGACAUUUAGACCAAGGUCUUUAUUCAGAUAGCACCUAAAUUAUUUAAUUGGUAUGAACAAAAUUUAACGUGGAGAUGACAAGGCACUCAUCUUGUCAUCUCCAUGUUAAAGAAUAAAGAAUUUAUAUUUUAAUGUUUUAAGUAUAAAGAUACUUUAAGUGUCUUUUUAAUAUUUAUGGAUUAAGCUGUCACAGAAAUAUGGGACUAACACAAUUAUAAAUGUUUGUGAGCCUGCCUGGGUAAUGUCACAGUACAUUUAAUUCUAAAACAGCAAUAACAAAAUUAACUUUGUUUCCCUGGUUUUCAAGUUUUGCAUCAAGUUUUUGAAAAAUAUUACAGCACCUAAGUUAUAUAGGACCACAUAGUAUCAGUGACCUAUUACCUUUUAUAUAUUUAGUUAGUUCUAUCUGUCGGUCAGUACAUAUCAAUCAAUAGAUAGUUCUAUCUAGUUCAACUAAUACAGAAGGCAGAUAUUUAGGCCACAACGCAAACUCAGUCCCUAAAUAUUUCAGCUAGCUUUGCACAGACAAUUCCAAGCCACAGGCGUACAUCCUCCUCAGAAAUCCCCCAAAAGGAUGAUAUUAAUUACAAAGGGUUACAGAGAGGAAGGGAAAUUAAUUUUCAUUACUAACUUUUCAUAGUGGGAAAGUAAUAGUAGUUCUAUGCCCUAGAAAUUCUGCUAAUUGACUUGGCAUCACUGCUUUCUUGGGCAACUAGAGGCUUGGCCUCUCUCACUUUGAAUAUAAGGGACAAAAAAUUUUGGCUAGGUGAACAGUUUCAUUGUUGGCCCCUAUUUCAAGUUUUGGAGCUUUGAAUAGUGUCCCAAAGAUGGAGAAGUAGGAUGGAAGACCAGGCUGUGGCUCUGAGUGGCCCUUCAGCAAGAAGGGGCUGCUGCUCCUUCCCUCCACACACUCUCCCAGGGCCUGACAAGCCCACUGGAGUUUAUGAUGCAGGACUUAAGAAAGCAAGUUAUUGGUUGGAACAUAACGAUUCUUUGAAACAAGAAUCCUACUUUGGAAACCUAACAGCCACAGAGCCUGUGGUCUCCCUCCUCAUAUUUGCUACAGUAACAAACAAGGAAGUGCUCUUUCCGGGCUCUUUUAUGUACUUUGUUCCAUCUCUCUACAGACUGUAAACUCCUCAAGGACAGAGAGAAGCCUAUCAAUCACACUAUUUCUUUUCUAUAGUACUACAUGUAACUGAUAUCCAGUAAAAUAUACUUAAUGAAAAUUGAAUAUGGGUCAUGACAAUAUGUGAUUUGAAAAAGGACUUUGGGUAUAAAAUAAUAGGAUUGAACCAGAUUUUUAUUGUAAAAAGAUUUACAUCACACUUACCUUGUGCCCAGGCAUGGUUCAAAAUGCUUUACAAAUAGUAACUCACUUAAUCCCACAGCAAUUCUAUGAAGUAGGUCACAUUGUUAUCACUCUUUUACAGGCUGUGAAACUGAAGCACUUGCCCAAGGCCGCACAGUAAGCAAGUGGAAGAGCCAGUAUUGCAAGUCCAGGCAGUCUGGUGCUAGAAUCAAACCAUGCUCUUAAUCACCCUACCCACUGCCUGACGUCACUGUUAGGAGGCUGUGAGGCAGGGCUUCCAGCCCAAAUAUACAUAGUCCGUUUAUUUCAUCAGAAUUCACUAUAUUGAUGGCAAAAAUCAAAAAGAAGUUCCUAGAAAAUGUCAGGAUCCACAUACAAUGUAAAAAAAGAAGAAGCAUUGAACUUGUAACCAGGAGAUUUGGGUGGUGGUCUGGCUUUGCCUCUAGCUUGGUGUUUUAUUUGGGGCAGGUUAUCCACAUUUUCUGGGCCUUACCUUCCUCAUCUAUAAUAUGGGACAGCUCAGAAUGAGAUUAUGUAUAUGAAAUUACUUCUAAAAUAUAAAACACUACAUAAGUAUAAAAUACUAUGAGGAUGGUUUUUUAAGAAGUCACUUCAAUUUUAAAAAGUAGGGUGUAAACUUGAGAAAAUUCUCCCCAAAUGUAUUUUUUAACUUCCCUUAAAACUAUGGUCAACUUUUAGAAAACCUGCUUGUUAUGGUUGUGUUGAUCUCAUCAACAUCCUCACUACUGUGAAUUCUCCGGACCCAAGAGGUUUAUAAACAAAGAAUUAGUGGCUUUCCUUUGUGGAAAUUGUGUGUGGAGACAGUGUAUUAAAACAGUGUGCCUAUUAGCAUCAAAUUAUAUGAACCUGUUUCAUUAUAUUUGCCUCAAACUGGCUCAAGAACAGAAUACAGGGAUGAUUAGAGAUAGGUUUCAAACGCUAGCUUAUGUUCUCUCCUCAAGAAAUGGCUCCUGGAGGAGCUUCAAGAUGGCGGAAGAGUAAGACGCGGAGAUCACCUUCCUC